CCAACCAAUGUGAGACAAGAUCCCAGCAUCCCUACCUAUGGACUCCAGUAAACCAUCUCAUUGAACACCAGGCUGCGGGACUGCUGUGGUCCCACCGACAUCUGUGCAGUCAGGAUGGAUAUAAAGCAGACUAGCACCCAGCACCAGGUACCGCCUCACCACUGGGAAGUGGGAAAGAGUCAGUUAAUUGCCAAUUCAUUCUCUCUGAUCAAGGUUGUGCUCAGAGGCAAUUGAAGGGUAAACGCUAUUGGCGUGCCUUCCAAGCUCAGAGAAGCAAAAUCCUCCAAGUGACUGAAGCCCAGUGACAGCACGAUGUUGAAAGGCACCAAGAGACAUAAGAAAUACCAAGAGCAAGUGGCCAGUAGGCCAGUUGCUGGGCACUCCAGAGCACAGGUUUGCAGGUGGCAUCAGACAGAAAGUUCAAAGGAGAAAAAGUAACAAGUCAGCCAAGAUCUUAAGGACAGAUAUGCCAAACAUGCAGCCACUACCCAAGUGUUGUCCAGGGACAGUGGGCUCAUAGCCUGCAAGGGCUGGACACUGCUUCCUGAAACCCAAGAGGAACAGCAGCUGGAGGUCAUGCCAAACAUCCAUGGCAUCCUCACCGAGGGUUACCGGCCUCUGUACCACACUGUGGCAGAGCCCAUGCUCUGAGAUCCUUCUGGAAGCGCCAAGAGGUAGCUAGGCAAAGCCAUUAAACAAAGGCUCUGGGAAGCUUUCCUUUGGAAGCCGCCCGCCCCCAGGAGUGCCUAG